AAAUUCUGCUACAACAAAAUCACUGAGUCUCAGAAGCUCAUUAGUGAUAACAAACCAUUCGUUCACUAGUUUAUUAACCGUAAUAAUAAUUGUUUUGUGGUUUUUUUAACGGAUUUGUGGACAAUGAGGGAUUUUCGGGGGUGUUUAAGUCUUAUAAUAGCUGUGAUCAAUAUCCUCGAAAUAUCGGGGCAUGGUAUGUUAAUGGAACCUGUCAAUCGACUCAGUGCAUGGAGAUACGGUUUCGAUACUCCAAUUAAUUACAACGAUAAUGCUAAUUUUUGCGGUGGAUGGGCGACUCAACAUCAAUUAAAUGGUGGUAAAUGCGGACCGUGUGGAGAUAAUUAUUUAGACAAACAGCCCAGGAACAGUGAGAACACCGGAUUCUAUGGAAGUGGAACAAUCGUUCGAAAUUACACCGAAGGUCAAGUGUUGAAAGCAAUUGUGCGGAUAACAGCGAACCAUCGAGGGUACUUCACCUUCGCCCUCUGCCCACUAGCUAAAUCAAGUGACAUAGAAACUGAAGAGUGCUUCGAUCAUCACCCAAUUUUCACAGCAGACGGCCAAUCGAAGUACAUCCUGCCUCGAUACGAUAACGAUGAUUAUGCUGUUGAAUUGGUUCUACCUGAGGGGCUAACGUGCCAACACUGUGCUCUUAGGUGGCACUACACAACUGGAAAUAAUUGGGGAAUUUGCGAGAACGGCAACGGAGCACUUGGCUGUGGAGCUCAGGAAAAUUUCAGGACGUGUUCAGACAUCGCUAUUCACGCCAGAUAAUUAUUGUUUCUGCCAAAAAUCUCCAAUAGUCUACUAAAGAAAAGCGUCGAUUUGUGAUACCCAGAAUUACCGAGAAGAGUAAAACAAAAAUGGAAUUUUCUUUUUUUUAAAAUGUAUUUCUUUCUUACUCAAACAUUCUUAUAAUUUACAUAACAAUGCUAUUACUAAUUACAUUAUCUUCUCAAACAUAUCUCUUGACACUUGUUAUAAAAAAUAAUGACAAUAUAUGAAUUAUAGUACCUCUAACACAA